CCUAAAUGUUAUAUAAAAAUCAAAUGACCUAAAAGGAUAAAUAAAUUAGUAAAAAUUUAUUUUCUGGCAACAUUACCAAUUAUACAAAUAAAUCCCGAAUAAAUUAAAAGUUAAUCCUCUUGCUAUGAAGAGCAAAGUUCGAGCCUUUUCACAACAUGGAACGGAACUAUUAUUAUCGUGAAGUUUACGGGGGUGGGCUUAAGUGGUAGCAACGGGGGUAAAUGACAGGAACGUGGAAGGACAGUACAAAAAGCCAUAAUGUACAGAAUUAUAUUUCGGACUGUGGUGACGACCCGAAGUUCUCCAGUCAGCGUCUACGACUCGUGUGUUUUAGCAGCUAAAUGCGACAAGGCGGUUUCCAGGGUUGCAAAUGGAGGUGGGAUAAAAGCUCUCAGCACAUGCUCAGUCUCACGCUGCGAGAAGAAAGACAGUGAUGUCCUCUCAAACCAAGACCAGAAAGCAAACGCAGAUAAAGAAGAUGGCAAAGCAGAGGUGGCCGAACAAAGGGAGGAGCCAGUGGUGUUAAAGGUGGAUGAUGGAGGUGCUGCACAGCAGCAGACGUAUGUUAAAACUGAACAGGCUGCAUCAAAACAGCCAAUAAAAAUGAAGACUGAUCCAACUAAGAGUGGGAAGGAGAGUCUCUUGGAUCUUCUUGGAGCCAUGAAAGUGGAAGUCACCAACAAAAGGAAGCUCAAAAACUUGAAGGCAAAGCAAAAUUAUGAGUCAGUUACACAAUAUAUGCCAAAGACACCGGCUAUGGAGAGCACCAGUAGUAUGUAUCAGAAGGCUACAGGGGAGGCUUCAUCACAGAGUGAGACUUUGGAUCCUGAUCUGGUUGCAGCAGCAUCGGCUGCUGCCUCCACUCUUCCUAACUGCAGCCAGGCUGAAUCUGAGCUGCUCAGGCAGCUGAAACAGCACGAGGCCAUCACUGAGGCCCAGAAGAAAGGCAACAUUAACAACCUCGGAGUGCUCAUUGCUGACAUGAAAGUAGGAAAGAAUCCUCACCGGCAGAACGCGUGGCCAGCUGAUCAGAUCCGGUUUGAUGACGACGGGCGAGGUUAUACACAUCACAGAGGAAUCACUUCCGAGCUGUCCAGUGUUCGGAAACGGAGGAACAUGUUGCUGGGGAAAAGACUUAACAUCUUCUCCCCCACUACUGAUGAAGAUGGUGUUGAAACAGCAGCUGCUCAGCUAACUCUGUGGGACAUGGACUUUGCAAAUCAGCUGUCUCUAGCAACCAGUCAGAUGCCUCGAAACAGGUUUGAGGAAAUGAUCCAGUGGACCAAAGAGGGGAAACUGUGGCAGUACCCAGUAAACAAUGAAGCUGGCCUCGAGGAGGAAGCCAAGGUCCCGUUCCAUGAGCAUAUCUUUUUAGAGAAGCACUUGGAGGAAGGCUUCCCUCAUGAGGGACCGGUGCGUCACUUCAUGGAGCUCGUAGUGGCCGGUCUGUCCAGAAACCCCUACCUGACUGUGCAGCAGAAGAAGGAGCAUAUCUACUGGUUUAAGGACUACUUCCAUCAAAAAGAGGAAGUGCUCAAGGAAGCUGAUGUUUACCUCGAAUAAACUUAGGGCAAUUUAAUGUCUAGUGAAUUUUCUGGUUGUGGUCACAUACAAACAACACUUAAAGGCUUUGCCACCAUGAUCCUUACUUAUACAGUUUAUUAAAGGUUCCAGUCGAAACCUUCCUGGUUUCUUGACUCUUGCAGCAGAGAAGUGAGAGUGAAGAUACAGGAGGUCGCACUAUGGAGGAAAAUUGUCCUCAAAGAAAGUGAAAUAUUGCUGUACAGACACUCACACACAGUCAUCCAUGCAAUAUUUUUUUGUGUUUGGUAUUAAGUGGUGUAAAUAAAAUGUGUCAAUUUAUUAUUGCACAAAAAUAUUGGCAUAAAAGGCUUACUUUUGU